GUUGCUUAUAUGGACAAACCGGCGCGAACGGAACAGGCCCAGCGAAGGCAAACUACAUUGAAGUGAAGUGGAGUGAUUUUGUUUUGUGCUUCGCGAUUUCUUUGCGCUGUUUUAGUUGGUGCGGUACGAGGUCUAUGGUGGCGAAGCAAAUGGGACUUCACAGUGGCCCUUACCGUCAUAAUUGUGAGGUGUGAUGGUUUCAGCUUCAUGACGUGUUGUGUGAAAGAGUCUGCCUAUGAGUUGUGUCUUUGUUUGCGGUUUUGAAUGAAGAAAGGACAUGCCGUAUUACCAUUCGAACUUUAAAUGAUCACAUCGUGAACUGGUACAGCAAAGUGAUUAAUAACGGCUUUCUUGGUGAACUUUAUGAACUAGUGGACCUCACGUGUUGAUUGCCGCACAGAGGCAUGCCAGUAUGGCGACCGAAAGCGGGCCGGUGAAACGCUGUCAAACUUUCUGCAUGCGGGUCAGCAUGCUGGUGGCCCUGGUGGCAGUCUUGCUGGGAGCCAUGUGCCUGAUUAUGCUGCGCUUCCCGGAGAAAGACCUCCAGAUGGCUUCCACGGAUAUGAGACUCGUGGAAGCCGUCUCCAACGUCUGGUGCGGCGGCCAGGAGUUCGUCUCGGCCCACCCGUUCAGUGUUUACCGCGUCAGCGACCCCGUCCCACCACCAGUUCCUGCAGCUGUGAACCACCUCCACCACGUGAUAGAUCUCAACAUGAACGUACCUUCUGGAAAGUUCCAUUACCUUCGCUACUAUCUGUUGCCAGGCUCCAACGUUACCAUUGACGUCAUCGCUGACGGACCAGGUGGUACACUUCACGCCGUCAGGGGAGAAGAGGAACUUCGGAGAUGCAUCCGAGCUCUACAGGAGGAGGACGAUGACGACGACGAUGACGAUGAUUUCUACGAAGAAGGAACGCUUCGACGUCGUCAGCCAUCAUUCUACCGCUGGGCAAUGAAAUCAAAAAGGAUUGCCGCCGAUUCGACUCCCAACGAGUUCGAUGGAAUUAUUAAGCCUCGUCCUAUCACCGCUAGAUUGAGCUUUAGGGCUACAGCGGCUGACCUUUUUUACGUGUUAAUUGUGAACGAAAACAGAGCACCGCAGUUGCUUCUGUCGCGUUCAGUAACGAACUUCAAGAUCAGGAUCGACAUGAACCGAACGGUGUUUGGGAUCACGCCGCAAGACGUCAUCUGCUUAGAGCAGACACACUGUGUGUACCAUGUCCAUUUUGGAGCGGAAGACAGGCUUAUCCUCCACAUCCCGAGAGAACGCGACGCGGGAAACUCGGUCUUCACGAUCACCACUUCUUGCCGGCCACGGGUGUUCUUCUACGCCCUUCUGUUCAUCCUGAUCCCCAUUUUGUUCCUGGUGUUCCUGGGAGCGGUGAUCAGGGCGUUCAGCUAUCUCGCGAACACUUCGAACGAGGAGGGCAAGUACCUCCGUUUUAGGCUCUUCAGGGACGAAGAGAGUCUUAGAAGACGUAGGAGGGUGGAGCCCACCCCUGAGGAAGCUGUCACGGAGGAAGUCCUGGUCUGCCAUCUCCCCGGACUGGAUCCUCCCCGUACGCCGCCGCCGUGUUACACGUCACUGCAAGAGCGUGGGGAUGCCGUGCCCGAGAACGAAUCUCUCUUGCAGCGCCCGAGACCCGUUGUGCAGCCACCACGGUACUCCGAGGUGCUUCUACAAGAGCAGCUUUCCUCGGGUGACUUUAGUGUUGAUGAGCCGCAAGCCACAACCUCUGGAACACAGGACGUCUCGUUCAGAAGAGCUGGUCGAGACGACGAACUAAUAACGCCUGUCAUUUGCUAAAGUACAGUGGACAAGAUCUUGAAAAUGUGUACCGCGGACGGUGACAAUGUGCAAGCCAUGUGACCCCCUAUUGUAUAUCUUUGGGUUGCUGUUCCGCUGCAGCUAUUAGGCAUUUCACCUUCACUGCGUUAAUACCUUAGCGGUCAUAAAGUGUUGACACCGUUAUUCAGUGCCGUCAUAGACGUUUACAUCGACGUCUUAUUCCAGUAUUGACUCCUUUCGGAAACCGACGGUUAAGCACAGUAUUAUAAUUUCAAAUCUAAUUUCUUUAUCCCCUAGCUCCUUGUGUCAAGUCGUUAAAAACUUCAACAAAGUUCGUUUCGCCCACACAGCAGCCCUACUGUCCCGUAUUUGACAAUGAAUACGCCCAGGAGCUGUUAGGAGUGCGGACAUAUGUCGGUACCCACCGGUGAGACGAGGAACUCAUGGCCUGGCGUUUUGACUGUCGGCAGAGUGUGCGAGAUGAUUGGCCCAAGCCAUGCAUCUUCCGAUGGCGUCGAAUACAUCAUUUUCCCGUUCGACCGAAUGAAGUGGAUACAGGGGAGCUCUAUGCAUGGAAUGUGUUCCGAAAACUAGGCAGGCUUGUAAGCGUGCUAAACCUGCGAAGUCCUGGAAACUGUAGUGCGUGUAUAGUUUAAAAUUGUAGGUAGCACGGUCCCUGCGCAGUGCACGCGGUCCUCCUCGGAACUAUGUCUUUGCUCGUGAUGAAACAUGAGUGCCAGGCGGAGCGAUUCGGUAGGAGGGGUAUUGUACAGCGCAGAGGAUUUAUCCAGGCCCGUUCACGCUUACAUCUCCGAACGCUCCCGAAAUGUUUGGUAACACCUCUCCUUUCCUUUCCUGUGCAACUCCUACAGGAGGGUCUUCAUUAUUUUAGCUUUGGACAUAUGUCAGCAAUUAUGCAUCAGGCUGUUACAACGUGAUUGUAAUAACGGCCCCCCAAAAUAUUUUACAACACCCCUCGUGCGUAUGAUUUUGGAUAAAUCACUGACAGCGCGAUCCAUGUAACGUUUACCUUCAAAAGGGAGAUAACAGCGGUAUACGUAUGUCACCCUGUACGCUGCGCCCAUUACAGUUUCUUCCCCCACCCCACCCUCAAAAAAAGACAUCACAAUCUGCAUAUUGUUCCAUGUAUUACGAGUAAAAACUUGAUGGGUGCAGCGUGAACGGCUGUAUCUGUGAGCAAGAAAGUUGGAAUAACACGCCGCAUGAAAUGCAUUUCAUAAAUCAAAAUGAAAUCGUGCUCUGCAUGGCGCGAGCUACAGAUUGAGUUGCCAGUGCUCUCCAACAACGGGGACUAGAGCCCGCUUGCACGAGUGUUGAGGACAUUCCUCAGCGGCGUCCUCAGUAGCGUCAGUAGAGCUUCGUGCAGAUGUCUACACACAGUCCUCAAAAUGCUGCUCGUUCGUUGAGAACUGGCAAGACUACUGGGGCCGGUAUCGAGGAAUCUCUUCCGAGGACGUUCCUGCAAGCGGGCCCAGGAUAGGCCAAGUGGAGGCACUGUAGUACAACUGCCACCAAAGUUGACGCACUGUGAUAUGCGCCCCUGUAACACGUAAAAAGGACGUCGUAACCAUAUCAUGAAAGACAUACAUGCGGUAAACAUGCCCGUUAAGAUUGAGCGGGCUCCCUUGCUGACGGAGACAAAAUACAAUCUGAUAGCGUCGAGACUGCCUCAAUGUCAUCUUGGCACAGCAGCUUUAUGGCUCACAGAAAAUAGGCAGCGUAUCAGUAGAGACUGUGCACUCUUGACGCAGCGGUGCAUGAUAAGUAUGACUAUGGGCUUCGUCCGCAAAAAAAAAAAGGUGUCACGCGCCUGUCUACAAGGUGUAGAAUUUGCACGGUCUCUCCCGUAAGGGCGCUCGUGCAGGACAUUUCAUGAGUGUACAAACAUGGACUAUCAAUGUUGUUGUGAAUAAACGUGUGAGUAAGUAUGA